AUAGUUGUUCAUACCUUCCCACCCUCACACAUCCACCUCGACUGGUUGGUACCUCUAAUACUGCUCAGUUUACCGCGACUCGCCGUGCGAGACGAGUUUCUAUGCCUGCCUGAAUCCACAGCCAAUAUGCCUUCGACCAGAAUGCGAUCGUCUUCCCGGCCUCGCAUAGACGACCACUCACGGUAUGGAAGGAUGGGCGGUGCCGUCGAGUCCGAGGACGAACAAGGUUUCCCCACCACACUGAGUCGACUAGCCCGCCAGGAGGCAGCGAGCAACCGUCUUGCUGCCCCAAAGGGCUCAAGAACGAACGGACAACAGUCCCGCCUGCCACAAAUGUCCUCUGGACGACGGCCAUCGGGGUCAGCACCAACACGUCCAUCAGCGAGCCAUGACGAUCAGUCAUGGAGCACUGUCACCACCGGCACCACCGCCCUGCCGCACACAGCUGGCGUCCGUGAGAAGGAGAUUGCGUCUUUACAGGCUCGUAGCAUGCUGCGGCGGAAACCCACGGGAAUAAAUAGAGCAGUCGCGCCAGCUCGUAACGCACCCCAGCCAGAACCAUAUGAGGACAGCUGGGCGUCGACUGUCGCAGGGUCGAGUGCCCCUGUCGAGCGUGGCUACACACAGCCAAACACGGUGUUAGAGCGUCCUGACAGAACAGAGGUUUCCGCAUCCUCGACCACGAACGUGUACCCCGAGCUUGAUCGAUACAGAGACAUCGAACCCCCCUCACAUACACGCCACGGUGUCGUGUUGGAGGUCCCCUACCGUCUCGCAACCGAUUUGCCCCCUCCGACUCCUCUUUUUUCUGGAGCAAGCAGCCAAAGUCAAUUAAGCACUUUCAGUGCUAGUCCAUCGACGAGAUGGUCCGAGUCGCCCGGCCCCGGGCCAUACAGCCGAGACACCACGCCCACGUCAAUGUCGUCGCAAUCCCCAGGCCUUGUGGCACCUAUGCGAUUUCCAGCUACCAAGCUGAGACAGGGUAGCCCGGCAGACUCGAGGCCUCCAGUAACCCGGAGAAGGGCUGGGAGUAUUUCCAAGGACCCAGAGUCCUUCGUCACCGAGCCCAGUGGGCUUGCUGCCGUUAGGGAAGCUCUGACGUCGUCGUCUUCAAACUCGACUGUCCGCACUGAUGACAGAGCGGACAAGAAGAAACAGCAGACUUCCACGUCUUCUUCCUUGGAAUACGGAAUCAGGAGAAGCCCGCAAAAGUUGCAGAAGGUCCCGAAGGAACACAGCUCGCCAUCCAAGUCCGCAAAAGUACCCGCAAAGCCAGUCAUGAGGGCACUCUCCCCGGUUCAAGCAAGGCGACCAUCAGCCGAUGGCUACGGCGGCCCGCUUCCAAGCCCACAGCUGCGCCCCGGAAUGCCCUCAAGGCCGUCCAGAGAUGGCACUCCGGACCUCUAUUCGCAGCUUGGGGGACCAAUGCCAGUCAUCCAUAGCAAUUUGUCAACCUCGAGUGUCUCUGAACGUCGCCAGAGUAGCCAGCUGGCACCAAGCUCACUACCGAGAGUAGCAGAUUACGCUUCCUCGACAGAAGCGCUUGCCUCAAGUCGGCCAUCGCUUGCUAAGUCCUCCAAGGGGAAGGAUAAGACCCAGUCGGCGGAAGCAUCGUCCGCCAGCCGAUUCACGCGUACUCCUAGCCCAAGCGUUCCCUCCUUCCGAUCUCGUUUUCCCAUCUUUGGCAGGAAACAGAAGCCUUCGGUAGAUGAUCCACAGCCUUCGAAAGCAGACCGGCCCACUCGAAAGGGCCCAGCAGCUGGGACAGGACACGAAGGCUAUGGCCGGUUAGGGGCUGCUAAACGGAGAAGCAGUUCAGGAGCACUUCCCCCGCGAGGACUCGCUGGGGCAGUCUCGUCAUCAGAAAGCCUCAGCAGUCUUCCCGCGACAGAUACCUUUCUUUUGGACCGACUGAACCCAGUGGUGAUUGCUGGUGGUGAGAUUGUUGAGAAUCGGAACAACAGCACUGAGUUAUCCCGUGCAGCACCAGCGCCCGCCUCCCAACUGCGAAGGCCGAGCACUGCUACGCGCAAAGAUUCCACUGCUUCGGCGUCAUCACGGGAGGACUUUCGUUCCAAGCUCGCUCCGUCUGCCUUGCCUCGAACUGCCAGCAAGUCGCGCCGACCAUCCGAUAGUAGCGACGCCGGGUCUGUCAGCAUGCACUCGACACUAGCAUUUCGCCGAUCUGUACAACGUGUUCACUCGCCAGACAAAACCCCAGUCAAUAUUCCGAAGCCGAUUGUGACGAGGGGUUUUGCGUCGCCAUCCGUCGAUAGCGUCGACACUGCCAUCUUCACGGACGACUCCUUCGAUUUGUCUCAGUCUUCGUCGCGGCACGGAGUGCUUAUCUCAGCAAAUGGCCCGAAGAAACUCACGAAGAAGGCCAAAUCGCCGCGCAAGUGGAACAUCUUUGGUAGAUCACAUGGGUCAUCCACCAAGGAAGAGAAGAAAGCAAAAGAUGUAGUUUCCGCCCCUCUUGAGAAGACACAGCCCCCAAAGCCAGUUACCUUUUAUACCAUGAUGGAUUCCUCAGAGCAGGAGGACAACGAAGAGCAACCCAUGGAAGACAUCUUGAAAGAAGCAGCAGUCCUGCAGCACCCUAGCCAGACUCAACCACUUAAUAUUCCACCGGGGAGGGCGGCUCCUGAAGUCCGCCCUGCUGCUGAGAAGCGCAGGCCCUCAAUCGAGGUUGAGGCUUCGCGGAAAAGAGGGGAACAAUCUUCUUCGCAGCCUGCCGGCCGGUUGCUCGAGGAACCAAAGCCAGUCCCUUCAGAAGCCAAGCCCAAAGCAAGUCGCCUGCCGCAAGUCGGUCGGAUACCCAAGGUCAUCACGAGCCGACCUGAGCACACUUCUCCCAAAAGCUUCUCUCGGCCUUUUCAUCGUCUCAGUACUCAAAUCACAGUUGGUGGACAGGUCGAGGACUCUACUCGACUGGCCAUGCCUCCACUCCAUGACUCUCCAAAGCCACUGACGCCUGAAGCCGUCUGUGAUGACGCAACUGAUAUCGAAUGCUCAGAGGACGAAAGCCCCGAAGGCGGAGCCGUCUCGGCUCAUGGCGAAUUCAUCGCGUUCUCGCCGAGAAAGAAUUCCGAAACGACAACCUGCACGUCCAGCAGUAGCUACAUCAAUCACACUGCCGUCACUCCCCAACCAAGUGCGCCGCUUGGGGAAGACGAAAUCUGGGAUGAGUACAAUGAUUUCAUGGGCGAGCCUCCGCUCUCAGCGACUUCAUCUUUGGGUACACCGUUCCAUCUGGAGCGAUAUGAUUCGCGUCUAGUAAGGAAGCGAUCGGCAAAGACGGCGGAGUCGCCUACCAUCAAGUUUCAGCCUUCCAAGGAGUUUUGGCCUCAAAACAACACUCGCGACUCUGCAGACAACGGGAAGGCUCUGACAGCUUCGAGCCACUACAGUGCCGACAUGACGGCGAGGAUAAACGCUGCAUUCAGGUUUGGGUCCGAUGUGCCUUCCACUCCCUUCUCCGUGACGGAGUUCGUAUCAGGAUACAGCGAUCGAAAUGCGCCGGCUCAUGACUCUUUUGUCCCCGAGAAACCUGUUUCUGUGGAGGUCAGCAACAUCUCUCCAAACUUGGACCGGAACAGCUCCAGCUCGGAUGCGAACGCCACUGCUGCUCGCAACAGCUCAAACAGUAGCAGAAGCAGCCAAGAGAGCCCGCUCUCCCAAGUGAACCUCAGAGUUGGGUCCAUGACCGUAAGCAAGUGGUUGACAUUUGGCCAGGUGCUCUUCAGCCCUGUGCGAGAUGAACUCGUCAAUGUCGUUGGCUCUCUGAAGAGGCACGCCAUUCUCGUCAUUGAUGGGCUCGGGAAUGAUGACUGGUCAUUCUAUGCCGCCGAGACUUAUCCAGCAGCAACUUUCUUCAACCUCUCGCCAAGAGCUCCAAUCGCCAAAGAACAGACGACUGCCUCUUUCCCCUUGUCGCCCCCUAACCACCACCAGAUUCAAUUCAUGUCUCAUCUGGAGAAGUUUCCGUUUGGUCCUGACACGUUCACAUCCGUCGUGUUCAGAUUCCCCGCCGCGGCUCCUGAGGCCCACUUCCGCAACAUCGUCUCGGAAGCUAGGAGAGUUCUUAAGCCAGGUGGUUAUAUCGAGCUUUCUAUCCUUGACGCAGACCUGAACAACGUUGGCAGCCGCACGCGUCGAGCCGCGCGAGGCCUCAAAGAGAGAGUUGCAGCGAAGCAUCCAGAGUACAGCUUGGGUAGCACAUCAGACACCAUGCUCCGACUAAUGGGUCGCAAGGGCUUCGUGGACAUCAAGACAUGCCGAGUUGGUGUUCCAGUCGCCGCCAGCGCCGUGACAAGCAACCAAGCGGGAGAAAAGCGGAAGAAGGACGAAAGAAGUCUUGCAGAGAUGAUGCGGGACGAGACCGAAAAGGGCGACGAGAACAUCACCAAAAUGGUCUCUAAAGUUGGCAGAUGGUGGUACAACCGGUGCUACGAAUCUUCAACGGGAGGUAGGAGCAUAUGGAGCGACAAGGCUGUGUUGGCAGAAUGCGAGCAAUGGGGCACGAGCUUGAAGCUCAUGGUCUGCCACGCCAGAAUACCCGAGGGAAGCGGUCGACAUGCAAGCCUAUGACCCCUCGAAUGCCGAGAACGAAUCGCCAGCACAACUUUUAUCCGCUGGCCGGGCGACUGAUGCAAUAUCCUCGAUGGAUACUGUGCAGUUUUACUUCUUAUUCGCCUUGAAGGCACACUUUCUAUGAUUACGGACCACGACGACAAAGUCUGACGCAUCCGGGUUUCAUUUUCACCAAAAAGUCAUCCAAGUACAAUGACAAGACUUUAAACGGGCGCAAGCCUAUGCAUCAUGGUCGAAGAGCUGCCACUUCGCCACACAUCGCAUUUUUGCAUACAGCCACUCGAAAGGACGAGAAGGCCAUUCAAGCCAUUGAAGGAAUAAUCGACACAGGCAGCCUUGUGUACAAGG